AUGCUAAUAUGUUUUCUGUUAGCGAUCGCAAGCGCUCUUGAAUGUCGGAACUUACGAAAAAAUCAAUUUAUCUGCGAGUUGCCCCCGAUCGAUCUUGAAACUCAAGAAUACGCAGGAUGCCCUCGCGAAGAGCAGCUCCGACUCCGCUGUGCCCCGCUAAAAGGCAUCAACUGUACAGAAGAUGGCGGCCAGGAGAAGCAAUUCAACGGGACCGUCUUUUCAGAGUCGAUUCAAGUCUUCGCUCCUUGUCGCUGGACAAAUAGAAAAUAUUACGCCACUGCCGUCGUUCUUAGCAUAUUUCUUGGUGUCUUUGGUAUAGAUCGUUUUUAUCUCGGAUAUCCUGUGAUUGGCCUUAUUAAAUUGUCAACAUGUGGAAUGGCUGGAAUCGGAGCAUUUAUCGACUUCAUCCUCAUUUUACUCCACUUUUUGGGACCUUCAGAUGGCAGCGCCCUCAUAGUCCCUUGGCACGGGUUUCGACCGAAUUAUAUAUCCGCAUCCUCGAAUGAAACAUACUUUGAGUCCUUUGACAUACUGUUUGACAAUAUUCUGUAG